UUAAAGAUAUUACAAAAAAUCAUAUAAGUGCCGAUUGUAACAACGAUUUAUCGUCAAAUUGGAACGAAUUCAGAGGAAUUCAACCAUUUCAAACUUUAUACAAACAUAAAUAAAAUAUGCUGCACAAAUAGAGCAAGGAAUUGGCCAGCUGCGAGAUGUUCAGAGGAAAAGACAGUCUUCUAAACUAAAAAAAAAAUCAAUGCUUCUCCCGAAAACUCUUUAUGGAAAUAACGAAAGCAUCUACAAAAAUAAUGGGGAGCGUACGAUAACUUUGGCGACAAAGUUUGAUGACGGAUUUGUACAGAACAGAUAUUUAUUAAUAUAUGUACAUAUUAUAUGCAUAUGUAUAUUCUGCCGUUAAUAUUACAAAUUUGGAACAUAUUCGAAGUUUUUCUAAAAUACAAUCCAAUAUGAUAAGCAAUACUAGACUUUCAGAACUUAAAAUGAAGGACCAAUCAGGGAUUGUUCCUGAUGAGGGUCACCAAAAGUUACAAUUAAAAGCAUCUGUACCAAGUACUGUAAACAACAAUAAUAACGAAAUAUCCAGAAAUAAAUGCACACAUUUAACACAAAUAUUCACAGACGAACAACGAUAUGAAAAAUCUUUUAAAUUUUAUUCGAAAACUUGUUUUGGAAACAGCAUACCAACUAAUGAUUGCCCUGCUAUUGUAUUAAAAAAUUCUAGUGAUGAUUUCAUGGGAAAUUCUUGUCCGAAAUCUAGUAAAUUUCAUUUAUAUGACUCUAGUAGCUGCUACAAUUCCACAACGGCAAGCGACGUAAACCAUACAAUUUGUACAAAUGUUCUAAACGAAAGUGCCUUAAAUGAUGUAUCAAGAAUGAGUGGUUGUGGUAUAAGCAAUGGAACUGAAAAAUCAGUAUGUGAUGCAAAAAAUGAUUUUAUAAGUGGGCAAAACAAUAAUUGUAGUAUCAAAAACAGUCGAAAUGUUCGAAGAAAGCCCCCAAUGUGUCGAACAGAGGACCAAGAACACGCAUUUCGCCAAAUAGAGGACGUUCACAACUACUCAAAAUUAAAUCGCUAUAGUUAUUGCAACCCCGAAAACGACCGAGUUGUCAAUACACCUACAUUUAGCAGUAACAGUAGCAAUCAAGACGAUGAUGAUGAAUGUGAUGAUGAUCAUGGAUAUGUUGAUAUUGAUGAUGAUGAUGAUGACGAAGAAGAAGAAGAAGAAGAGGAUAAGGUUAAUAACGUUGAGGAGUUCGUUUCGGUCGAUUAUAAGCAGCUUUCCGCAUCUAAAAACUCAAAUACAACUACACAACAAAGUGUUACCCCUUUCAAAUGUAAUUCCCCAGGAAUAACAUUUCAACAACAAAAUAAAAAUCAAGACGAAAUGAGUCCAGAUGCUUUAAACAUUGAAAUCGAAGGAAAUAUAACACCACCAGAUCAUCAUGCUAGAAGGCCAAUGAAUGCUUUCUUGAUAUUCUGUAAAAGACAUCGAGGUAUUGUAAAGGAUAAAUACAAGAACUAUGAAAAUAGAUCUAUUACUAAAAUACUAGGCGAAUGGUGGGCUUCAAUGGAUGCAAACGACAAAAAGUGCUAUGUUAACUUAGCGCAACAGAACAAAGAUGCAUUUUUCUCGGCCAAUCCAAACUUUAAAUGGUAUAAGCUGCCAGCACCAUCUCUACGUACUUUAACCACAAGACCAGGAAAUAUUGAACGUGGGGAAAACCAAUGUGAAUUGGAUAAUUUCUACACACAGAACAAUAUAAAUUACAAUACAGAUUCUGUUGUUGAAAAAAAAAAAGUUUCCUAUUUUAAGCUAGCCGAUGAAAAGCAAAUGGGUGGACUUAACAAUUUAAUGAGUUCAAAUAAAACGGCAACAUCCAAAGAUAACUCCUUUCAAAAAGCAUUAAGUGAUGGUUCUAGCUUUUUCAAUUCCAGUCGAAAAUCUAACAUCGAUAUAGAGGAUUUUUGCAAACUUAAACGUUCAAAUAGUGACAAAAACUUUUCAAGCAGCGAAGAUGACUUUACUCCAAAGAAAUCCGUUCGUUCGUGUAAAGGAAAGAAAUAUCAAGAGCUUAUAAAUUCUGGUCAAAUAAGUGCUGUUAAUUCAAAGAAAAUGGUGUCUCAGAAGCCAUCAAUAGAUUCAAGUGAUGGUCAAUAUUUUGUUAUGCAUAUUGAUAAGUAUAAAAAAGUCCAGACUUCAUGCAAAAGUAACCCUAAAAAGGACGCACAAUCAAAAAAAGACAAAAGGCAGUGGGUUAUGACGCACUAUCCAGAUGUUUAUCGAUUCAAAAAGCAACAAUUGGGUUUUGUGUCAUUUGAUCUGGAAGAAAAAAUUAAAAGACUGCCUGCUCAGUGCUUGGAAACUUAUCUUCAGCACAAGAAAAAUAUAAAACGUAAAAAGAAAAUCAAUUCUAGAAAACGUUCUUCAGCUCAGCAACAUAACUUACAAGAAGUGUUCUUAAAGCAAACAACGCAAUCUUUAUUAUGUCAACCAAAAACUGAAAUUGAAGCAAAGGAGCAAGUAAUUGGGAGCCAGAAAAGGAAAGCUCGAAAGGAAAGUAUAACCCGAAGGAAUAUAACUUCUAUACAGAGUGAUGUUCAACUGUUGUUUGGAAGUUCUCACACCAACCCGCCGUUUAUCAUUGGACGGAGAAAUUCGACACACCAAUCACUACCUGUAGUAAAUCAGAAUGCUACCUCAGAUCUUCUUAUUUUGGCGGAAGUGGCUGCAAAUCGCACUGAAACUACCACGUUAUGCGGAGAACGAAAUAUGUUUUCGAACUUAAAUAAGAUUUAAGUCCAAUGGUCGGUAUGUUAAAUAAACGUCAUGCAAAAAUUGAA